CUUAGACUGGGUAUAAAACCACAAAUCCAUUCUUGCUCUUUCAUCUCCGCUGUGAACACUGCACGUGGAUCAACUGCACAAUGGCUUUCAAUGGAAAAUAUGAGCUUGAAUCACAUGAAAACUUUGAGCCAUUCAUGAAAGCAAUUGGUCUCCCUGAUGAAAUGAUUGAGAAGGGUAAGGAUGCAAAGAGCAUCUCUGAAAUUGUUCAGAAUGGCAACUCUUUCAAGGUUACUGUAACAACAGGCACUAAAGUAUUGGUCAAUGAAUUCACUAUUGGAGAAGAAGCAGAACUGCAGACCCCAACAGGAGAGAAGAUCAAGGGUGUUGUCACAAAGGAGGGGGAAAAUAAGUUAAAAGUAAACUUAAAAGGAAUUGAAUCUGUGACCGAAUUAUGUGGAGACAAGAUCAUCAAUACUAUGACGGUCGGAGGAAUUGCAUACAAGAGAAUCAGCAAAAGGAUAUAAGUCAACUAUAUAAUAAAACUAUUUCAUUAAAGGCUGCCAUUUUAAGCUG